AUGUCGCUUCGCCUCCUUGAACCUGUGGUUAAACCCAAGCCAACAAAGAGGGGGGGUGAGAAGAAUGCCGGCAAGUCAAGAAGGAAGAAAAACAAAGGGAAAAACAAAAAGAAAGGGACUCCCUGUGAAAUGGAAUACAAAAACUUCUGCAUCCAUGGUGAAUGCAUAUACCUAGAACAUCUCCAGAUGGUGACCUGCAAGUGUCAUCAGGAUUUUUUUGGCGAGCGCUGUGGUGAACAGUUCAUGAAGACUCAGAAGAAGAAUGAUGUGGCAGACUACUCGAAGACUGUGUUGGUGGUGGUAGCUGUUCUGCUCUCGAGCAUCAGCUUCAUUACUGUACUUAUAAUUGUGAUAGUGCAGGUGAGGAAAAAGUGUCCCCAGUAUGAUGAGAAAGAAGAAAGGAAAAAACUUCGACAAGAAAACCGAAAUGGCCAUGUUGGUGUGUAAAUGAGGAGAAAGCAGAACAAUUCUGACGUGGCCACUGCCAAGCUGCAGGGUACUUCUGGCUACCUGACACAUCCACCUGGACACUGGGCUGGAGCUGUUGCCACUAAGCCCUGAUUCAUCAAGACAGAGGCUGCUUCAAGGGGAUGUCAACAUGCCACUUGCUACUGAAUCGCUUGCUGGGGAGGACAGUUACCGCUAUCUCUCGGCACAGUGAUGUGGAAGGAGCUGCCGCUAUGGGGUGGAGGAACUGCUAUCAGGACCUGCUAGAGACUACUCCAACUGAGCCCUCUCUAUCAGUGCUACAGCUCCACUCUCU